AUGCUUCUGAGUGAGCAAGACCAGUUCUUGUCCUACAAUGGUGAAGUCCUUGUAUUUCAGUUGUCAAAACCAAAGCAUGCAGAGGAAGCAGAUGAUAAAACAAUAAAUUUAUGUGUCAGAAGGAUGGCAUUCAACAGAGACACUAAGCUGUUUGUACAGAAGUCUUCUGGAGUAUUCAACAUGGGAGCCAGUCACUCAGAAAUUGAAAUGAUUUGUUGUAGCUGCACAACGGACUCCAGAACAGGGAUUAUCCUUCCCUGCAUUUUGAUGAAGAAGAAAAAACGGAGCAAUGUCAAAUACUUUUUAUUGUUGCUUCACAGCUCAAACCAAUUUGAGCCGUCCUUUUAUUUUAGAUUGGAUUAUGAGCUGAAAGAAGACAUCAGGUUGUUUGGUGGCCCAUCGUUGUUGUGGAGACAUGCCAACAAGCUCUUCUACAUCUCUUCCGACACGUGUGUGGUUCAAAGUGCUCCUGUUCAGCUCUCUUCUGUAGUGUGGACAGGUGAAAUUGUGGGUGAAGGCAUUGUUGUCUUAGGGGUAAGACCUGCUUGCCUGCCAGAGACUGAAGAUCCAGAUGGAUUUUCUGUUUCAGACAGAGCCAUCUGGGGUAGUGAGUUCUUUGGAUACGCAAUUCAAACACAAAAAACAUUGACUGGCUCCUGCUUCAUGCCUCAUGCUUACAGCAGAGUGGUAUCUUCUGUCUACGUCUGCAAGUGUGAGAGAUUGAAACAACAGCUCCGAAUAUCACUUGUUGCCAUAACCCACAAGAAUCAACUUGUUUGGUUCCAGAAUGGUGCCCCUAAAGGUGUUUGUGAGCUUCCUUAUGAAAAGCCAUGCUUGGUGAAACCAGCUCUAACCAGUAGCAACAAUUUGCUGUUUGUUGUGUCUUUUGCCUAUGGAAAUAGCUGUGUUGUACAGAGGAGAGACAGCUUCCAGGUGGUUUCCAAAUGGCAAAAAGUGAAGUGUGUUCUGGUGGAUGAUUUUAUUAGCUCUGGAAGUGAGCAGCUGUUACUGCUUUUUGAUGAUGACUCCAAUACAGACGUGUUAAGUACAUUCAAAAUAACAGAUCUUGGGGAGGUCAACUAUGCAAGUGGUAUCAAUUAUAAACAUGAUGUUCCUGCUGCAGAAGGAUUGCAAGAGAAUGGUUUGCUUACUGUUCGAGCCCUUGAAACAAGAUUGCAGGCUGGUUGGACUUCUGUUCGAGAGCUACAACAGCAUUUAGGACUCCAAAAGAGGGUUAUUCUUGAGUCUUGCAGAGCAUUAAUAGAUCUUGUUGAAGAAAGAGCCCAUAUUCUACCAAACUCAAAAGAGGAAGGCCUUGUCUCUCUCUGGGAUGAUGUAGAAAAUACUCCUGAUUCUCUUAGUAAAGUGACAUCAUUGACAUCUGAAGUCCCAGAGCACUUCACAGAGGAAUUGUGGCAGCGUGUUGUGGGUGACAGCCUGGUAGUUGGAGUAAAACUAACAGAAUCAUUUUAUUUGUCACUGAGUGAUGUCAGUUUAUCUUUAGUGAUGGAUCAAGGCUUCUCUUCGAUUUCUCCAAUUAUCAAGUGUCAAAGUAAAAUCAUUAAGCUGAACAAAGCCUUCUCAACAUUGGCAGUCUCCUCAAGUCAAAUUGAACCUCCUCCAAAAAAGAUGAAAUUGGACUUGCAAAGCAAGAAUGAUGUGAAAAAAGAGUUUCCUAAGAGAUCUUCCAGGAGUCAGCUGGAUGGAGCCAAGACAGUCACUGCUGUCACCAACCUUUCACCACUCUUGGCAUUUCAUCGUGUGUGCUGCAUAGUUCUUCUGCAUGCCAGCAAGCACAAGCAUGAGAAUGACAGUUUACAGCAGGGCAAAAAGAUUACUGUUUUCUGUGGGAAAAUUUUGUUAAGUCUGGAAGAUAUUUCAAAUGGCAGAUACUCAGUAAAGAUGCUAAGGGACAAUACUUACUGUACAGGUUCCAUGGAAGAUAUACUUGCUGUCCUUGCAGUGUCUGUCAGAUUCUCCUUUCAGAUUGUGUCUUGUGACUGCACAUUGACUCCAGUCAAUUCAUGGUUACUGGGAGAAAUGGAGUGCACCCCAUUUAAGGAAUGCCAAGACAACGUAUUCUGUCAUAAAGCAGGAAAUGUCCAUGGUACAAUUUUUAAUUGGGCCUUAAAAAAUCCAUUUGAAGGAGUUCUAACAAUAUUUUGCAGAAAUCUGACUGUCUUGUUCCAGUGCCUUCACAGCCUUACUAGAGUUCUCCCUCCAAGCUGCAGUGUAAAACUCCUGAGAUCUGGAAGCAAAGGAGUACUUACUGAACAGUUAGCACUGGCUCUGGAAAAGGAAAUGCUCACCUUGAAGAAUUCUCUUUUCUUAAAAGAAACUAAGGCUGAAAACAGCUUGACAUGGGGGAAGGAGUCUGGCAACAAAAUCAGUAAUGCUCCUCUGGGUUCUUUACUGGACACUGAGGAAGGAAUCCAGCAAUUCAGGAAGAAGUUUCAGAAUGAGCGGGAAGAGAGUGUGCGAAGUAUGAACCAAACAAUGAAUGGUGCCCUGUACCAGAAAAUGGCUUUGAAAAUAGCAGAAGCUCAGCUCAGAUCAGAUAUGACUGUGUGGAGACUGGCCAAGUCCUAG